AUCAACCGCUUCGGUUGGUACAACGCAUCCCCUCUCCACUCCUGGGCGCUCGCCGCCUUACCGCAGGGCUGAGGCGACGCCAGCUGUAGCCUAGCGUCAGUCGGGCGCGGGAGUUCGUCUGCGGCGGAGCACGAGAGCAGCUUUGGACAGUACAAUGGUGAAUCAGACAAUGGAAGCAUUGCAGUUCAACUCCAAAACACAAACACUUUCACUAGUAACAGAGAAAGUACCAUCAGUCAAAGAAAAUGAAGUACUAGUCAAAGUUGCAUAUGCAGGUGUUUGUGGAACAGACCUACAUAUUGUAGAGGGUUCCUUCCCAUGCACUGAUCAACCAGUGAUCCUCGGUCAUGAGUUUAGUGGAACAGUCACAGCAGUUGGAUCUAAAGUAACUAAUGUGAAAGUGGGAGACAAGGUAGCUGUUGAUCCAAACAGUGGUUGCAACACCUGUGGCCCAUGCUCUGGGGGACAGUACCAUUACUGCAGCACUGGAGGCAUCAACUCAACAAUAGGCAUAUACUGUAAUGGUGGAUGGGCACAGUACUGUACAGCUCCUGAUACACAGGUGUACAAAUUGCCAGAUAACAUUGCUCUAGAACAAGGUGCAUUAACAGAACCCAUAUCAUGUCUGUCCCAUGGCUGGGACAGAGUUCAGCCCAUCCCUGUGGGCUCUAGUAUCCUUAUCACAGGAGCUGGCAUUAUAGGCAACUUAUGGGCAUGCCUACUCCACGUUCAAGGACAUCGAAAGGUUACAAUAAGUGAGCCCCUAGAGGACAGGCGCAAAAUUGCUGAAAAACUUGGAACUGGAUUUCAAGUUGUUAGCCCAGCUGAACUGAAAAAUCAAAAAGAGAAAGAUCCAGAAUUUGGUUUUGAUGUUGCUAUUGAGUGCAGUGGUAAUGGCAGGGCAAUGGAAGAUGCUCUCUGGAUGCUCAACUGUGGAGGAAAACUGUGUGUCUUUGGUGUUGCCUCUCCAGACACGAGAGUAAGUGUAUCACCAUACCAUCUCUACAAGCAAGAAAUCACUAUUAUUGCAGUGAACAUUAAUCCAUUCAGCUUUCCAAAAGCUUUGGGUUUUAUCGACUCCAUGGGUACAAGGUAUCUGGAAUAUGAAAAACUGGGAAUAAAGACAUUCCCCCUUAAGCAGCACAAAGAAGCCUUGGAAGAGUUGAAAAAAGGCUCAAUUGCAAAAGCAAUCUUCAAGGUGGAACAUUAGGCAAGAAUUUAAGCCUGUCUCUUCAGAAGAGAAAAACAUUAACGCUUGCCGAAGGCUCAUAUUUGUACCCAGUUUUAAAUCACCACUACAGUUUUCCAUUUAAUGUGAUGGCUGUGUUUAAAACAAUAAAUCAAAUUUAUUAGCAUAGUAUUUUUUAAUCCAAUAAAACAUGCAUAUUUACCUUUAA